UGCGUCGGGGAGCGUUUAGAAGACGCACAUCUGUCUCUCUCUUACACGUCAUUCAUUUCCCUGCUGCUUGAUUUCGUGGCUUUCUGUGCGCAGUUCCUGCAGAUAUCAUGUCGAAUUCGGUGUUUUCCGUUAUAUCGCGUUUUGUGGAGGAGUACAGGAGCAGCACGCCGACUAAGCUGAAGACCAUCGACGCGUAUCUGCUGUAUAUUCUGCUGACCGGAGUGUUCCAGUUCCUGUACUGUCUGCUGGUGGGAACGUUCCCCUUCAACAGCUUCUUGUCUGGGUUCAUUUCGUGUGUGGGAUCCUUCAUACUGGCCGUUUGUCUUCGCAUCCAGAUCAACCCUCAGAAUAAAAGAGAUUUCCUGACCGUGUCUCCUGAGAGAGCAUUUGCUGAUUUCCUCUUUGCUCACACGGUUCUGCAUCUAGUGGUUGUCAAUUUUGUUGGUUGAAUGAGAGCCUCUUACAGCAGAUAUGAAGACCAAACGCUUCAGCUCAAGUGCAUAACAACUACAAACACACACACACACACACACACACACACACACACACACACACACACAACUGUUUGCAGAGCUCUCAAUGUUAAUAUUCGUUUUGACAGAAUUGUCAUUUAUGAUAAGUUCUUGUCUUGUUCCUUAAUUUUUUUUUUCUACUUUUGUAAAACUCUCUGAAAGCUGGUGAAACAGAAAUAAAUGCCUUUAAAACA